GAGGAGCCGCAGAGCGGCGGAGCGACGCCGCCCCUCGCGGCACCUCCCCGACCAGCCCGCGGAGGCCGCGCUGGGCAUGCUCAGUCGGCAGGGCCGUUUCAGCCCUCGGAGUAGGAAGCUGGGGUGCUCCGGCUCUAAGGAGCCGCGGUAGGGGCGAAAAUGGAGUCCUUCACCAAUGAUCGCCUGCAGCUCCCCAGGAAUAUGAUUGAAAACAGCAUGUUUGAGGAAGAACCAGAUGUGGUGGAUUUAGCCAAAGAGCCUUGUUUACAUCCUCUAGAGCCGGAUGAGGUGGAGUAUGAGCCCCGUGGCUCCCGCCUGCUGGUGCGGGGCCUUGGUGAGCACGAGAUGGACGAAGAGGAGGAGGACUACGAGUCGUCGGCAAAACUGCUGGGCAUGUCCUUCAUGAACAGGAGCUCGGGCCUCCGGAACAGUGCCGCCGGCUACCGGCAGAGCCCGGAUGGGGCUUGUUCAGUACCCUCCGCAAGGACCAUGGGGGUCUGUGCUUUUGUCAUUGUGGUUGCUGUUUCUGUAAUCAUGGUGAUUUACCUGCUGCCCAGGUGUACCUUUACCAAAGAAGGAUGCCAUAAGAAAAACCAGUCCAUGGAACUAAUUCAGCCAAUUGCCACAAAUGGGAAGCUGUUUCCGUGGGCCCAGAUGCGGCUUCCUGCGGCCAUCAUCCCGCUGCGCUAUGAGCUUAACCUACAUCCAAACCUAACCUCCAUGACAUUCAGUGGUUCAGUGACAAUUUCUGUUCAAGCUGUUCAGGCCACUUGGAACAUCAUUCUUCAUAGCACAGGCCAUAAUAUUUCAAGAGUGACCUUUAUGUCUGCAGUUUCAAACCAGGAAAAGCAAGUUGAGAUCCUGGAGUAUCCGUUUCAUGAACAGAUUGCAAUCGUGGCCCCCGAAGCCCUCCUCGAGGGGCACAAUUACACCAUACGGAUAGAAUAUACAGCAAACAUCUCCAGCUCAUACUACGGGUUUUAUGGCAUCACCUACACAGAUGAGAAUCACGAGAAAAAGUACUUCGCGGCAACUCAGUUUGAACCCCUAGCAGCAAGAUCUGCUUUUCCCUGUUUUGAUGAACCAGCAUUUAAAGCCACAUUUAUCAUCAGGAUCGUAAGGAAUGCACAGUAUACUGCUUUAUCAAACAUGCCUAAGAAGUCAUCUGUGCUCAUGGGAGACGGACUUGUUCAGGACGAGUUUGCUGAGAGUGUGAAGAUGAGCACCUAUCUGGUCGCCUUCAUCGUGGGAGAGCUGAGGAACUUGAGUCAGGACAUGAACGGGACCCUGGUCUCUGUCUAUGCAGUACCAGAAAAGAUCGGUCAAGUUCAGCACGCCUUGGAAACGGCCGUGAAGCUGCUUGAGUUUUAUCAAAACUACUUUGAAAUUCAAUAUCCACUUGAGAAACUGGAUCUCGUGGCUAUUCCUGACUUUGAAGCAGGAGCGAUGGAAAACUGGGGUUUGCUCACCUUCCGAGAAGAGACGCUUCUCUACGACAAUAACACCUCUUCUGUGGCGGACAGAAAACUGGUCACUAAGAUCAUCGCUCAUGAGCUGGCCCAUCAGUGGUUUGGUAAUUUGGUUACAAUGCAGUGGUGGAAUGAUCUAUGGCUAAAUGAAGGUUUUGCCACCUUUAUGGAAUAUUUCUCUUUGGAAAAAAUAUUCAGAGAGCUCUCCAGUUAUGAAGAUUUCCUGGAUGCUCGAUUUAAAACCAUGAAGAAGGACUCCUUGAAUUCAUCUCACCCAAUAUCAUCAUCUGUUCAAUCUUCAGAACAAAUUGAAGAAAUGUUUGAUUCUCUUUCCUAUUUUAAGGGAGCCUCUCUCUUGUUGAUGCUGAAGACCUAUCUUAGCGAGGCCGUGUUCCAGCACGUGAUUAUUCUUUACCUGCAUAAUCACAGCUAUGCAUCCAUCCAAAGUGAUGAUCUGUGGAGUAGUUUUAAUGAGGUCACAAAUGGAACGUUAGAUGUAAAGAAAAUCAUGAAGUCCUGGACCCUGCAGAAAGGAUUUCCUUUGGUAACUGUUCAAAGGAAAGGGAAGGAAAUUUUUGUAAAACAGGAGAGAUUCUUUUUAAAUAUGAAUCCUGAAACUCAGCCUUCAGAUACAAGCUACCUGUGGCAUAUUCCACUAACCUAUGUUACUGAUGGAAGAAACUGCUCAGAAUACCAGUUUGUGUCAUUACUGGACAAAGCAUCAGAUGUCUUCAAUCUUACAGAAGAAGUGCACUGGGUCAAAGUCAAUGCAAACAUGACCGGCUAUUACAUCGUGCACUAUGCAGACGACGACUGGGAAGCACUCAUCAAGCAGUUGAAAGCAAAUCCUUAUGUUCUGAGUGACAAAGACCGAGCCAACCUCAUCAACAACAUUUUUGAACUCGCAGGCCUAGGCAAGGUGCCUCUUCAGAGGGCGUUUGAUUUGAUUGAUUAUCUUGGAAAUGAGAGCCACACUGCACCCAUCACAGAAGCCCUGUUCCAGACAGACCUCAUCUACAACCUCCUUGAGAAGCUGGGCCGCAUGGAUCUGGCCUCGAGACUGGUGAACAGAGUAUUUAAAUUGCUUCAAAGCCAGAUCCAACAACAAACCUGGACCAAUGAGGGGACGCCGUCUGUGCGGGAACUUCGGUCAGUCUUGCUGGAAUUUGCUUGUGCCCAUGACCUUGCGAACUGCAGCACUACAGCUGAGAAGCUGUUUGACAGUUGGCUGGCAUCCAAUGGAACUGAAAGCCUACCUACUGAUGUCAUGACAACUGUGUUCAAAGUGGGAGCCAGAACGGACAAAGGGUGGACUUUCCUCUUAAGCAAGUAUGUCUCUGUAGGCUCUGAAGCAGAGAAGAACAAAAUCUUGGAGGCUCUUGCCAGCUCAGAGGAUGUGCGGAAACUCUACUGGUUAAUGAAAACUAGCCUUGAUGGAGAUAUCAUCCGAACACAAAAGCUGUCAUUUAUCAUCCGAACAGUGGGCCGGCAUUUCCCUGGACACCUGUUGGCGUGGGAUUUUGUCAAAGAGAACUGGAAUAAGCUUGUACAGAAGUUCCAUCUGGGCUCCUACACCAUACAGAGCAUUGUUGCAGGAUCAACUCACCUGUUUUCAACCAAGGCCCAUUUGUCUGAGGUCCAGGCGUUCUUUGAAAAUCAGUCAGAGGCCACCUUCCGCCUGCGUUGUGUCCAGGAGGCUUUGGAGAUCAUCCAGUUGAACAUCCAGUGGAUGGAGAAGAACCUGCAGACUCUGCGGUGGUGGCUGUAGCGUACGCAGCCUCGCCCGUUUGGUCACCUGUUUGGAGAGCUUGGGAUCUUGGUCUCUGCUGCUUUUGCAAAAGCGCCAGGGGAGCCAGCCCUACCGCCAAGUCGUUUGCACUGUUAGGAGUCGUAGUUAGCUCAGGGCCAGACUGUGUUUCUCAUCUGUCUUUUCUAAAGUGUCUUUGGGCAGUCUGUACUUAUUUAUUACAAAUGCGUGUUCACCUAUACACCAACUGUCUACAAAAGUGACAAGUCGUUUUUCUACCUUGAAGAUAUGCAAAUGGGAGGGGAACAUCAGUUUGGAAAUUCUGUUGUGUUUCUCAGUAUCCGGAAGUAUCUGGAAGGGUACAGACACAGUGAACAAGAUCAAGGCUGCCAUCCAGCCAGCGUCUGCAGGCCCCUGGCUCCUCGGUCGUCUGUCACUUCUUACUGGUGGAUGUGGCAGUAAGUGAGCUGCCGGGAGUGGUGACAGGUGAGGAGGCCUGCAGCUGUCGAGAACCCAUCUCCGCUGUGCAGAUCUACUUUGACUUGGAGUUCCGGAUUAAUCUUGAGUUUUCUGAAGAAGUUUAAUAUCUCUAACUAUUGCGUUCUUUUCUGCACAAUAGCCAGGUGCUACAGAAUUUUUAAAUUUUUGUUGUACUGAAAAGCUAAAUAACAAGACCAAAAGGUUAAAUUGUCCAAAUAGUUAGCACUGUUCCCUCCCUGUCCCCCAAUCUUUUAUAACAUUAUCAUAGGAAAUUGUUCCAAAAUGAGCUGGCUUUAGUUGUAAUUAUUUUUUUUCUGAACUCCGGUACUCCCCAAGUCCACCCCUCACUCCCCACCAUGGACAUGCUCUGUGUUACUCACGAGUCUUCCUACAUGUGUGGCAAGACACUGGUCCUUUUCAUUGUAACUUUGGUUACGAUCACCAAGAAUACGAUUUGCUGAAGUUGCCUUUUAAGUCCCUGACAAUUUGCGCACUCUCUCAAUCACACCCAUUUGUGUGCAUUUUCAUUUUAUAUGACAAAGUAGCAUAUUAAGAGCAUAUUUUAAAGCAGAUUCUUUGAGAAAUUGAAACUUUUUAUUUGAAGUUCACCAUAGUACCUUAAAGGAAAAAAGAGUACAGGAAAGGAGUAUCUUGAAUUCAUGUUUGAUAUGGUGGGCUUUGAAAUUUUUUCCACUCUCAAAAAUAAUACUUUACUUUAGUCAGGAAGAAAAAAAAUAGUUUUUCUGUUUUUUUGUGGCCAACUAACAUUAGAAAGAGUGGCCAAGGAAAAAAAGGGAAAAAACUGAGGGAAAAUACCCAGAUCUCUGGCGUUCUUACUCCUUCUGGAGAAAUACUGUACUUGAAUUUUUUGAGCUAUGCAGACUUAUACCUAGAUUGUUGUGUUUCUUUAAUUCUUAAAAGCUUUCUUUCUAACAAUUCUGGAGAACUCUGUAUGGUUUGGAGAGCAGCUUCUAUGUAUAUAAGAAGGGUAGCUGCCCGUUUGUGAGCACUUGAGCACCCCACUGGGAGAGGUCACCUGUUUUUAUUCAGCAGGUAUGAAGUUAGAAUUUGUGGGACUGUGUAUAAAAUUAUAUUUUAUUUUAUGAAGAUAUUUUUAUAUAGCAGAAUUUAGCAAGGCUGGCAAGCUAGAAAAUAGUCUUCUGUUAACUCCAGUGUGUUUUCUCCUAAGUUGGUCUCCUCUGAGCGUCCAUUUCUCACAGCAGAAAACACCUGCUGGGAGUCACAGCACUGUCCACGCAGGUCCCAUGGAGCCCGAGGUGACUGUGGGGCUUGACUCCUCUUGCGCGUGGGAAAGCGAGUGAUCGUUUCAGUCACCCUCGAACAUGGUGCGUUUUUGUAUUUUCAAAAUGAGGGAAAAAAAUAACUAUCCUUUUGAAGGUUUUUUUGGUUGCCAAUUUUUUUACCACAUUGUAUAACUAAAUUUCACUUUGAUACAGAGUUUAAAUUUUGCUACUUCUCAGAAUCAAUGAAAUAGGCUUCAGUUCUACCUGCCAUUUUUGACAUUGCCUCUGAAAUGUAUGUGAACUCUGCAUAUGGCAAAUCUUGCUGUGGUCUUAGAUUGUCUGUGUCUUAUGAAUGCUUAUGUGUGGCAUGGACUAGGGGCAUUACUAGAAGAAUCAGAUCAAACCAUAGGCUAAAAAGAGGUGGCUCACCAUCCAUUGCUGUUGUCAUACUCAAAGGCGGCUGUUCAUUCCCAUGACAUCUGAUCCAUAAUGCAUUUAGUUUUAUUUGCAGCCUUGCCUCAAUUACUUGCAGUUUUGAACACAUCAGUUUUUCCCAUACGAUUCCAUUGUUUUUAAUGUUAUGCUAACCUAUGUCUCUGGAACUAAUUAGAACUAACCCUGAAUCUAAAAUAAGUGUAAUGGUGGUUUUCCAGGUCCCUCCCCGCCAACCACCCCAACUUUGACAUAGCUACUGUGUUUGUUUUAGGGGGUCUUACAGAUUGGUAACUCCAUGGAGCACUUGUUGAACAGGUGUCCUGUUCAUUGCGGGAAGCAGCAUGGAUGACCAUAGGAGAGACAGAAUGGGAAACCUAGAGCUAGGGAAGAAAAUGUAUGCUUUGGAGAUCUGAGCAGUUGCCCAAGUGGAAAUAGAGAAGGUCCAGCUUGUUGUGAUAGUGUGGAGAGACCUUCCGUCUCCAGUAGUGUCCGCGCCCACCGUGUUUGCCUUCUUCCAUCUUGUUUCCUUUCAGGCUCUUUCAGUGAAGCUCUGUCGCUGUCGUUGCUUCGGUCUUGAUGGGUUUGCUUAUUUCCCACGUCCCACUUAGGUGUAGCUUUCUUGGCUAUCUGUAUUUUCAUUGUGUAGUUGUGAAGGAUUGUGGGCAGAGCAUGUGGAUGCAGCUUUGUCACUGUUAACACCUCCACCAGGCACCCCCAGAGCACCCCCUGAAUGAGGAACUCGGGUUCACAGAGAGCCUGUCAUUGGUUUCACUGCAAGCGUCUGCUCCAUCCGCAGCCGGACACUCAUCCCUGCCCUCGCCAUGGGUCCCAGCAAGUUCUGUGUGUCUCAGCGUCAGUGCCACUGCUACUCCGAGCCAAAUCACACAGGCAGACGUGAUCUGUCCCAGCAUGGAGGCCCUUGUGGCAGUGUUGCUCUUCCCAGCUCUGCCUCUGUGGGUUUUUGUUUGUUUGUUUGGGGAAUUAACUUUUUUCAGAGAGGUCCCAGACUGGCCCCAGCUCCAGUGGCAGACAUGCAUUUUACAUUCUUUUGCUCUGCCUCUACCAAAUGAAAAGCAGAGGUACAAAUGUUUGACCCAUCUCUGCUGCUCCCUUGUCCUUACUGCCUGCGUGGGCACCAGCUGGCAGAAUCAUUGGAGUGAUUUCUCUGGGUGGUUUGGGGGGGGGCAGGAAUUUGUAUUUUUAGAAUAUGCAUAUGUGCUUUUUAAAAUAUAUUUUUAUAUUCUACAUGUAAAUGUGAUGCAGCUGAGAUGGUGUCCUAGGUAAAAAAUCUCCGUCCUUUAGUGCCCAUGUAGUCAACAGCCACAGAGCAGGAGGGCGUGUCAUCAGAGGGAGAGCAGGACAUGUUCUUUUGAAAAGGUGUCCAGAGUUUUGCUGCUAUUUUGUGAGUAUAAUUCCUUUUCUUACUUGGGCAUCCUUCUCACACACCUGUAGACAGGCCACAGCGGUCCAAAAGUGUGGUGAAUGUCCCAACAGCCCAUCUCCUCCUUGCUGCGGGAACAGCAGUGUAGCCACCAUUGCUGUUGUUUUGAUGUAACGCUGGUGGUGUGUGUGUGUGUGUGAUCCUUCCCAGGAUAUAUAAAUGGUAUGUUGCUUUUUUUAUGUUUCAUUGUAUAUCUGCUUCUUGCGUACGUGCAUAUGUACCUAAUGGAUAUUGAGGCUCCAGAACAGAACUCCUCUUUGCCUUCCCUUCCUGCUCCCUUCCUGGUAGCUGAUAGAGUAGUUUGGGGGAAUGUGAGAGGGACUAGCAUGUGGACCUAGUGUGUGUAACUAUCCUUGCCCCCACAUUGUGUUACUGACCUGUUUGGUGCUGUGGCCUUCCCUGGCCACGGACGUGCCUGAUGGAAGCAAUGUGGAGCUUGGCUAUCUGAAUGUCCUCUUGUCCCCAUGCUGGGUUGCCUGUUGCACCCACACCAUAGCAAAUAGAAUAGUUGUCAGGGUGGAGUUCUCAUGGGGAGGAAGAAGCUGGGGCAGAAGAGGCAAGGAAAUGUGUCUACUGUAUAUAUGUAAAUACUGUGUAUAUAUGUUUUUACUGCCAUAAUGUAUUAAUUCAUUGGGUGCCCAGACUGGAAGGUACCUGAUAAAAUGUGUGGAAUUGCGCAUGUAUAACAAUCUCCUCUUUUCCCUUUCCCUUAUUGCCUACGUGGGCAAUAUUUUUAGAGUAGUUUAGUUUUUUAAAGGUGUUUUUGCUGGGGGAGGGGCGGGAGGAGUGGUUUCAGGCUAAGGGUGUGUACCUUAAAAAUGUAAGUAAUGUUUUUGCUAUAUUUCUGACAGUUCAAUUCCUGCGUACUUCUCAUGGCUGUGUGAGGAACAAGGAGGCUCCAUUAGAGCAGGCACGUGUGUCCCCACAUGUUGGGGUGCAGCUGAGGCCUGGUAGUGCGGCUGGCUGGUUCUGGGGGCUCACUGCACUGCAGCAGUGUUUGCUCGGCACAUAAGUCGUUGGACAUUGGGUUCCCCAGGAAGGCGAACUUCUGGAGCCUAAUCGGCCCCUCUCCUUCCCCUUUCUAUCCUUCUAGGCAAUAAUUGUAAAGUAGCUCUGAUUUUUGUGAAGUUUUUAGUGUGGGUGGGAAGGGACAGGGCAUAGGGACAAUGUAUAUAAACUUUUUUUUAAAGCCAAUGUACAGAUUCUGUUACUAUUGUAUUACUUCAUUUCGUACCCUGUCCUUCGCAUGGACAGACAGGUACUUAAUGAAACGUGGAGGUCCGGAUGUAUGAAAAUCUCCUCUCUGCCCCUUCCCUUAUUGCCUCGGUGGGCAAUCACUGUAGAGUAGCUUAGGUUAGCUUCUGUACUCGACCCUCGCCCUGGACGGUGGGGACGUGUACUUUAAGUGUAUAUAAGUGGUUUUUCUGCACUUCGUUUUGUACUUACACCUUUCUGUGAAUACUUAGGUACAUAAUGAAAAUUGAGGUUCAUUCUAUGAAAAAAAAAAACUCUCCUCCCCUUCCCUUGUUGCCAGUCUGGGCAGUAGAUGCUGAGGUAGCUGUUUGGGUUUAGGGCGGGGAGGUAGGGGAAAGCUGGGUUUGUGAUUUUUUUCUUUCAGAGUAUGUAAGUGUGUGCUGGUUCGGCUUUUUUUCGUCCUCAGUGCAGUGUUCCGCUUGGACUGGGAGGUGUUGAGUGUGACGGGAAGCCCGGACGCAGGGGCACCUGUGGACCUGGGCAGCCGGGGGCGAGUGCUGCCCUGUGCUUGGUGGUGUUUCUGCUUGGAGGCUUUCCGUGGCUAAUGGAAUUGUUAGAGAAAAGGUCUAGUGUGAUUCUUUUUUUAAUGGAUACACAUGCUUGCCCUUUUUGUUUUCAUGUUUGCUUCCUUAUGAGUUUAGUCUUUUGCUUGAUUAUUUAGGUACUAUGUGAAGUUGAGGUUGAAAUUGAUUCUAUGAAAAGUCUCCCAUGCCCCCCACCCCUUGUUGCCCAGUAGGCAGUGGUAGAGUAGGUGUUGGGGGCGGGGUUGUAUAUUUGUACAGAUCUGCUUGUUGUGUGCGCUGUUUCUGUGCAUAGGCUCCUAACGAACGUGCUCCUCUGGUACUUUCCCCGUGUCGCUGACACGGCAACCAUUUUAUAACUUGAGUUGGUUUAUAUAGGAGAGAGGGAGGCGGAGAGGAGGAAAGCCUCGGGGUGGGGAACGGUUAGGGAGAAAAGAUAGCAUUUAUACUGUUUUCUGAAUGCACAUAAACAUCUUCACGUUGCUGGCUUUGUACCCGGUUCUUUGCAGUGCUGCCCGGGUCCCUCAGGAAAACCGAGCAUCUGUGUAUGGCUAAUCCCAGCCUCCCCGUGCCCUUGCUGCCUGUGUAGGCAGUGGCAAGUAGGAUAGUUGCAUGUUCUUUGUUUCAGGGGAAUUUAUAUGAUUGGGUUUUUGCUAUGGACAUAGUCUUAAUGAGCAGAAGUAUGCUUUUAUUUCCUGUUUGCUUUUCUAUGUAGUCUUUUGCAUGACUGUGUGGGGCCUAAUGAAAAGUGAGUUAUUUAAUGUGACAAAUCAUUUCCUCCUUGGCAAUUGCUGUUUUGUCAUUAUUUGGUAUUUUUUUCUCUAGGAUAUUUGCCUUGAAAUAUAUACCCAUGCAAACAUAAUUUGCUUCUUUUCUUCUUCCAUUGUUUCUUUUUGACACACAGUCCCUUGCAGAGUGCACCCAACAAAAUUAAAGGUGCCUUACCUCCCUGCCGUCAGGCAUGUAAGCGAGGCAGUGCACUGGGCUGAGGCAUGACCUGAGGUGGGAACAGACCUGAGGACCUGAGGCAGGGAAGUUGGCUAAAUCCCACAUCUUUAUGGACCGCACAGAAUGGGACUGUGGAAAGGGACUGACUCCUGCUUUACAGAUCCUAAAGAGGCAACAGGACAGGAUGGAACGAGGAUGCAUAGACCUUCAUCACUGAUGACUUUAGGUAGCUGGUAGAAUCUGGAAACUUCUAAGAGGAACAUCUUUGUGAGGCCUGGGAUUUUGACUCUGCAAGUCUUCUUUGGUGACAUGUUCUUGUGGAACCUGGUGGAAAUGAUUCUCCUUCUGGGAAGGAACCAUUUCUAUCAUUGCUGAUUCCCGUGAAUGACAACAUGCACCCAAAACCAAGGCCAGCAGGAAUUCGGGGACUAACUCUUUCUGCUUCCACACGUGGCAAUCCCAAGGUGGCCCUUUCCUAUCUAGAGCUUUUUGGUUUUUUGUUUUGUUUUGUUUUAUUUUGUUCCUCCCACCCCCAGAUGAUUUACUUAUCUUUGAUAGUCAGAGUUACAGGGCAGUCUUCCAUCUACUGGCUUAUGCCCUGGAUGGCCACAGUGACCAGGGCUGAGCCAGGCCAGAGUCAGGAGCCAGAAACUUCAUCUGGGCCUCCCAGAAUGUUACUGGAGCCCAAGCACUUGGACCAUCUUAGCAGGAAGCUAGAUCGGAAGUAGAGCAGCUAGGCAUCCACAUGGAAUGCCAGCAUUGCAGGCGGCAGCAUCCAACAUCAUGCUACAGUGAUGGCGCUACCCAGAGCUCUGUUGUGUGGCUGCCCCUCUCUCUUCAGCUCUCUUUGAACCAUCUGGUCUUUCCUUUUUGUGUAUUACAUGUUACCUUCAAUUGCACUCAACAGUAAGAGCCAGAGCUGCCUCGUUAGCCCGUGUCUGUGUGCAUUUCCUGCAUCCAGAACCAUGUGUUCACUUUCUGCAUUCUUGUCUCCUAUUUCACAUGGUCUCACCAUCCACCUCAUGGUGAAAUGUUCCAACUCCACAUUUGUGUUCAUGAAAGAAAAUACAUGUGUGUGUUGCCCCCCUCCCACCUUGUAAGCAUUGUAGUGUCGUGUGUGUACAUUUCUAAGGCUGCUGUUCCGUGCUGAAGAUUUGCCAUAUUACUACUUUAGAAGUAGUGAGUGACAGGACUUAAGGAAUAUUUGCCAAUAGAUAUCACCUACUGUAUGAAACUCUUAGGUUCUAACAUUGAUUAGCCUGCAUUCUUGGCUGUCCCACCUGCUGCUCUAGAAAAAUGUACCAAUUACACAUUCAACUUAGAUCAUAAAUAGUAGAGGAAGGGACACCUCUUUGGAGUUAGUCAUAGCAGUUGUUAGACUCCUGAACGGUUACCAAUACUGUGGUCUAGUUCAAUGCAGCGCUCCAGAAGCUGGCUCCAUGUGGGCCGUGGGUACCAUGACGUUUGUCCAUCCACAUACACCUGAAAUGAGAACUACACCAUAAUGGGAGCAUUCGCAGUCAUCAGCAAACUCAUACUGAGACCAGCCUUUGACCCGCACCUGUCAUGAUGAAAGCUACUGCCCCGAGUUGCCAUGAGGAACACUUUCAGGUGUUGGGGAAACUGACAAAGGCAUUGCAUUUUUGUAUCUGAACACCUUCAAUUCAAGAGGUCAAUUCCUUGAGUCUGAGCUUGAGGGCGGAAGCCUAGAUUUGUAUCAUAUUCUGUCUUUUGUGGAGGAUUUUGAAAAUAGUAUGUAUAUAUAAUAUUGUAUGUGCAAAUUGUGUUGUUUCACUUGUAAAGGGGAAAAGCUUAUUUUUCUCUGUACAACUUGUUUUGCAUAUGGCCAGCACUGAAAGGCAUGUGUAAUUGCAGACACUGUUGCUUUUUUUUGGGGGGGAGGGGUUGGAGGUAGGGGAGGAAAUGAAAAUAAAAUAUUUAAAUACAA